AUGGAGCACGGGAGCCUCUUCGCGUCCGCCAUCGGGGUGGGCGUCGGCGUCGGUAUCGGCCUCGUGUCGGCGCGGCUGACGGCGGACCCGAUUUCUGGCGCAGGCGGCGACGGCCGGGCUGCGGGGGCGGAGGUGGAGGCGGAGCUGCGCCGGCUGGUGGUCGAAGGGCGCGAGAGCGGCGUCACCUUCGACGACUUCCCGUACUACCUCAGCGAGGAGACGAAGCUAGCACUCACGAGCGCGGCGUUUGCCUACCUGAGCAAGACCAACUUGCCGAAGCACAUCCGAGUCCUCUCCGCCGCCAGCCGCACCAUACUGCUCUGCGGCCCCUCAGAACCGUUUCUGCAGUCGCUCGUCAAGGCUCUGGCGCACCACUUUGAAGCUCGCCUGCUGCUGCUCGAUAUCGCAGAGUUCUCACUCCGGAUCCAUCACAAAUACGGCAGCGCAAGCAGUGCCCUGGUUCAUAAAAAAUCCUUAACCGAGUCUGCCUUGGAUAAAGUCUCCGGUCUCGUUGGAUCUUUCAACUUUUUCCGCAAGAAGGAUGAACCAACAGAAUCAUUGAAUCAUGAAAAGAACAUUUUCGACAUGAGGACGAGUAAUUGCUGUGCUGGUAACACACCUUCAGUUCGGGUACAUGUAUCUUUAUUGCCCAGUCCUCUUUACAAUGAGUUAGAAGAUCCGGAAGAUGAUGAAAUUUUGGUGAGACGAAGCUGGAAUUUAGAUGAGAAAAUUCUCAUACAGUCCCUUUACAAGAUCAUAACUUCCAUUUCUGAAAGCAGUCCGGUUAUUAUUUACAUAAGGGAUGUCAACCUAUUACUUGGUGUUUCAGAUAAAGCACAUUCAAUGUUUAAGAAAAUGUUGAGCAAACUGUCUGGAAAAGUUUUGAUAGUUGGUUCACACUAUCUAGAAGCUGAUGAAGAUAGUUAUUACGUGGAUGAUGAUGUCAGUGAUCUAUUCCCAUUUAUUCUGGAGACUAAGCCCCCUACGGAGAAUACCCAGCUUGUGAAAUGGAAAACCCAGAUGGAAGAAGAUAUUAGGAAAACCCUGAGUCAAGUCCUUAUAAAUGUCGUUGCAGAGGGGCUCUCAGCCAACAGUCUCGAGUGUGAUGAUCUGGACUCACUCGAUCCAGAUGACGAUUUCAAAGCCAUUGCAAACUACCUAGAAGAAAUUAUGGCCCCAGCAGUAUCUUAUCAUUUGAUGAAUAACAAGGACCCUGAGUAUAGAAGCGGGAAGCUCAUUAUUUCUUCACAGAGCUUAUCUCAUGGAUUAAGAGUUUUCCAAGAGAGCAGCCUUGGAAAAGAUACAGUGGAACCAAAGGAUGAUGCAAAGAAGGAUACUCCAGACAACGAGUUCGAAAAGCUGAUCCGUCCAACGGUUAUACCGGCCAGUAAAAUAGGAGUGACAUUCGAUGACAUCGGAGCACUAACUGAUAUCAAAGAGUCACUCCAGGAGCUUGUUAUGCUUCCACUUAAGCGGCCUGACCUUUUCACUGGUGGCCUCCUGAAGCCUUGCAGGGGAAUUCUACUGUUUGGACCACCUGGAACUGGGAAAACGAUGCUUGCCAAGGCUAUAGCAAAUGAAGCCGGUGCUACCUUCUUGAACAUCUCCAUGUCUACCGUUCUGUCGAAAUGGUACGGAGAAGCCGAGAAGAUGAUCCGGGCGCUGUUCAGUUUGGCUGCUAAACUUGCACCAGCCAUCGUUUUCAUUGAUGAAGUAGAUAGCAUGUUAGGGCGACGUGAUCAAGCGAAUGAAAAUGAGCUUCCACGGAGAGUCAAGAAUGAGUUCAUGACUCACUGGGAUGGACUCUUGUCGAAGACCAAUGAAAGGAUUCUUGUCCUUGCUGCAACAAACAGACCAUUUGACCUCGAUGAAGCGAUUGUCAGGAGGUUUGAGCACAGAGUAAUGGUCGGUCUCCCUACUUCGGAGAGUAGAGAGUUGAUUCUGAAGAAGCUUCUGGCGAAAGAGAAGGUUGAAGGUAUUGACUUUAAGGAGCUUGCAACAAUUACUGAAGGAUACAGUGGAAGUGAUCUGAAGAAUCUCUGUGUGACGGCUGCUUAUCGCCCUGUCAGAGAGCUACUUCAGAAAGAAAAACAGAAGGAGAAGGAUAAGAAGGAUAAUGCAGUGGCAGUGAAGGAGGAGCCAGUAACUAACCAUAUAAGCCAAGAAAGUGAGAAGGAAAACUCCGAAACCAAGAAAGACAUGCCAGAAACCAAGCAAGCCGAGAAAGAUAAAUCAGAGAAAAGCGUCGAAGGCGAAACUGUUGCCCUCAGGUCGUUAACCAUGGAUGACUUGAGGCAGGCAAAGGAUCAAGUUGGCGCGAGCUUGGCUAGUGAAAGUGCCACCAUGAAUGCCAUCAAGCAAUGGAACGAGCUCUACGGCAAAGGCGGGUCGCGGCAGAAGGAGCAACUCACAUACUUCUUGUAGCAUGGUUCAGAUUUGUAUAUACAUGUAUGUGCGGUUGAAUGUCAUGUUGAUCUGCGCUUGUGAUGAAGCUGAUUGCAAGCGAUGUACCCAGUGGAGGCUAUCUAAUUAGGACUGGUCUUUAUACCAAAUAAUAGUUGGGAAAUCCCAGGUACAUUAUAAUGGAAUAAUGUUCAACCGUGUUC